UCUUGGUGUUUGUAUAUUCUCUGAGGCUAUAAUCACAAAACUUACAAUCAUGCUAGUUCCAAACAUCCGAUGUUUCUAUAAACUCCAAGGCUUGAACCAUGGGAAUUACACUAACUUUAAUAUAGCAUAUUUGGUGUUUUCAUUAACUCGGAGGGUUGAUAUUAAGUCAUUCCACGUUGAAGACGUCAUUUAUUAUACCAAUAUAGUUUUUUCAUUAUUUAAAACAUACCUUAUAUACAAAACAUUAUCACUAUUAUCCAAACAAAUGAUUAUUGAAUCACCAGUUGCUUUGUUUUGCUUUAAAUCCGUUUUUUGUGUAUUUUCCUGAUUUCAGACAACAAAGCACACAUUUAAUUUCAAAGGAUAUCGGACAAUCAACAAUACACACCACAAUCAGUCAAUGAGAUACUUGUUGACCAUCUUAUUAAUGAUGCAUUCCGGAUUAUGUGUACGUUGAACAACAUUACUAAUAUGAAAACCUUUGGUUUCUUAGUCAUGUGGCAGGGUGCUUAUUCUUUGAUUGGCGAAAUGCACAAUGUUGAGCCAUCAAUAACAGAAAUAUACAAGAAACCUGGUCCGUAUUCAAAUGGUUCUAGCUGGACCGAUGUCGGUCGCUUUGACAAUGUGACAAGUAAUAGUCGCUACUCAACACUUGGUGUGUUUAGGCCGCUGUCCUCAAUGACUUGUUCAGAUGCGGGUGUGUAUUCCUGUGAUGUUGGGUACAUAAAUUCUGCCUCUAUAAUGGUAUUUCACACAGGAAUUAUAAGGAAGGAACUUAAGGUAUAAGUAACACAUUCGAAAAUCACUAAACGAAUCUUUGAUGCAAGCAACGAUGAAGGUGGAAUAAUUUCUGAAUUAACAGAUUCAACUCCAAUUGUUCAUGUUGGUCAGAAAUUGCGGCUGCAAUGCACGGCCAACACUGGGACUUUCAACACAUCGGUGCAGAUUGUUUGGAUGAAAAGAAGCCUUGAGAACGGCAGCCAUCUUGCCCCUUUUUUCCUCGGAUAAACACAUAAUCGGAGAACCUAAGGCUUUUGGCAUGUGUGAGUUUAAAAAGACUGACUCGAUAAUAUACGAUGUUACUCGGGAAGACGCUGAAAGAACGUCAAAAAACGGUCUUCAUUUUCAGUGUUACGUUCAUAUUACAUCGAUAGACUGGAAAACACCUGAACAAUAAAGACGAUAUUUCAGUUUUGUUGUCCAUUCGAAUGAUGAAAACAGCGAUAUUCAAAAUGACACGAAUGAAUGCUUAUGAGUUUCCUGUUAAUACGACAGUUAUAUCGGGAAUAAUUGGAGGUGUUUGUGCUUUGGUUAUUGGUUGUGCUAUUGGAGCCGCCGGGAUUCUACUGAAGAGAAAGAUCUCCAAGGGCUGCUGUCAAAAAGCUGGUGAGAAGUCUGAGGAAACCAGUCGUAACCCGGAUGCACAAGCUGACACCGUCCCUUCUGCAAGAGACUUGGAAAUGUACACAGAAAUAGGAGAAAUAUCUGACCGUCAAGGAAAUUGUAGACGUACAGGUGAAUCGAGUUUCACCGUUCAGACAAAUGAUCUGUUGCACUACAGGGAGUUCGGCGCUAGAGUCUCCGAACCGUACACCGAAUUAGAUAACCCGAUUUACGAAAACAUUCGCAAAUGAAAAGCUGCAUUAGUUUCUUUUAAAAGUAAUUCACCACACGUGAGACAAUUUCAUGUUAAAAUCAAACUUUGAAACGUAUGACCAGAUACCAACUAGUCGCCACAAUUUCUUAGGUUUAUUGCAAAUGUGGUUUUGGAAGGUUUUUGUCGGCAUGCAGAAUGUUUUCAGUAAUGUCCCAGGCCCAGGGAAAGUAAGAUAUUUGCUGGUUUAGUAUUUGUACCCGUUUUCUUCAAUUUCGUGGCAUUCAUUUAUCACUUAAAUCAUCGAAUGUCUCUUUUAAUAUUGUAUUAAUCCGUGCAUGGUUUUUUCCAUUGUAUUCACUAUUAUUGCAUGCAAUAAAUUGUUAUCCAUUUAAAUGUAUAGGUUUUUUGAAUGAUACAAUGAAAGAUGGUAGGCUAAUAGAGUCUAACAAGAUGCUUGCCACUUACAGCAUACUGGUUGUUCAAAUUUAAUCACCAAAUUAAGAAAGAGUGCCCAGCUUGAAUCAGAAUGUUCCAAACGUUUUUUUUGCGUUCAGCGAGUGUCACUUCUUGAACAUUAUAGAUUUGUAUUUUGGGCCGGUGUCCUUAUUUUUUUAUAUUAAAUCACUUUUGUAUUGUAUUGUAGUCAUGCAUGAAGAGUUUCAUUUUGUAAAAACAAUGAGAUACAUAUUUGAAACAUUCUUAUGAAUAUGUAUUGAUGAAUGUGGCACACUUUUAUGUCAAAAGCACUGACAAUCUGUAAACACCUAAGUACAUAUAUAUGAAUCAUGAAUAUUUCAACUGUUAUUAUUUACGGAUGAUAAAUUGUCUAAUGUUUGGUAGGAAGCAACCAUCAAAUAAGAUUAAAUAUACAUUUUUUAAGUUCUAUGCUCAAUUGUUUGAAAGCAUUUGAAAGCGUAUUUUUGCAGAUUACUUAAGCGGUUGGUAUUUCAUUUUUUAAAUAAUACAAUAAGAAAUCUACCGUGACAAACCCAGGACAUUUAAGUAUCCAUAUGGAAUUACGAUUUUGUACUUUUUGUCUUAAGAGAAACGUAUAUAUUGUUGAAAAUAACAUUCAUGUUCUUAUGGAUUGCACACAAGACGAGGAACUACUUAUUUUCAUAAAAUUGACAGUAUUGUUAACAAUGAAACACAAAUUGUACAGUUGUAGAUAGAUGAACGAAUUUAUUGUAUAUUUACAUCGUCGAUAUACUUGAAGUUGUCAUCUGAAUAUAGAGACUUAACUUAAACGAAAUUGAAUAUAUUGAUAUACUUAAAUGUUUCUGUUUAAAAUUAACAGCGCAUAGUAUAUGUAAUAGUAUAUGUAAAUAUCAUUACAUCUCAUCAUUUAUUGUGCAUGCAUUUCAUAAAACAUACAUCACUUUUUGAACAUUAUUUAUUUGUAUUUUGGGCCGGUGGAGUUAUGUAUUAUGAAUAAAUCACUUUUGAAUUGUAUUGUAGUCAUGCAUGAAGAGUUUCAUUUUGUUUAAACAAUGAUAUACAUAUUUGAAACAUUCUUAUUUAUAUGUAUUAGAGAAUGUGUCACACUUUUCGUGUCAAGAGCACUGACAAUCUGUAAACACAUAAUUACAUAGAUAUGAAUCAUGAAUAUUUCAACUGUUAUUAUGAACGGAUAAUUAAUUGUCUUAUGUUUGGUAGGAAGUGACAAACAAAUAAGAUUUCGUAUUAAUCUUUUAAGUUUUAUGCUCAAUCGUUUAUACUUGAUAGCGUUUGAAAGCGUACUUUUUGCAGAUUACUUACGCGGUUGGUUUAUCAUUUUUUAAAUAAUACAAUAAAAAAUCUACCGUGACAAACCAAGGACAUUUAAAUAUUCAUAUGGAAUUCCGAUUUUGUGCAUUUUGCCUUAAGAGAAACACAUAUGUUUUUGAAAAUGAGAUUCAUUUUCUUAUGGAUUGCACCAAAGACGACGUAUUAGGGGCUAUUUAUUUUUUUAACAUGGACAUAAUUGUUAACAGUGAAACACAAAUUGUACAGUUAUAGAUAGUUUAACGAAUUUAUUGUAUAUUUACAUUGUCGAAGUACUUGAAGUUGUCAUCUGAAUUUAGAGAGGCUUACUUAAACGAAAUAGAAUAUAUUGAUGUAUAUAAAUGUUUCUGUUUAAAAUUUACAGCACAUAAUAUAUGUAGAUAUCAUUACAUCUCAUUAUUUAUUGCGCAUACAUAACAUAAAAUAUUCAUUACUUUUUGAACAUUAUAGAUUUGUAUUUUGGGCCGGUGGAGUUAUGUAUUAUAAAUAAAUCACUUUUGAAUUG